AUGGCUACGGAACGCCUGAAAAUAGAAAGUGCAAGGUCUCGAAAGCUCAGGGAGCUUCUCUAUCUUUUUUCCAACCCGUUACAAUCGCUAGAAGCUUUCAAAGCAAGGAAUACCUCACAAGUCGCUCACGACUUCUACAACGCCAACGAUGUAUCAAAGAAUGAACCCUUGCUGAUCAGCUUUCUUCCCUAUGUUACUGAUAAGGAGUCGUUGAAGAGUCAGUUGGAGCUCGCUUUGCAGAGUGAACUUUUUCAACCUGAACACCUCAAAAGAGAGGCAGAAACAGCCGAGCUAGAACGGCCCUUGAAAAGUCGAAAGACUAGCCUCACAGACUACCCUAGCCGAUUAAUGCCAGCAGAUAAUAAGCUGAAAAAGAAGAAGCUGCAAGUUGCGUCCCUCAAAACUCAAGUCGAGGCUCUUGACGAGCAGACGAACGAGUUCCUUAAUAAGGAUAUCCUGGACUUAGAUGUGCUCCUGGUUCCUGAAAACUUCCCAUCAGAGGUCCAUGCUGUAUCGUCGCUAGCUGAGCUUUAUUACUUGACCCAAACGCUUCCACUUAUCAAGCUCCUUCCAGGAUCCCACAAGACACUCAUGACAGACAACUUCGAGCUGGCUCUUCUCGAAGGAAAGAUCGCAGUCUUGUACUCCCGUAUAGAAGAGCUUAAAAGACAGAAGAAGUGGUCGCUAAGGCAGCCCAUCAGGUACUACGACCCAUACAUAUAUUCGAAGAAGAACAGAAAGUCCAAAUCGCACACCUGGGACGUCCUACUAGACGAGGGUAAAUGGUUGUCUGCUGACUUCAAGGAAUCAACGAAAUUCAAGAAGGCAUGCUGUUUCACAAUUGCGCAAGGCAUUCGUGACUACUGGUCCUACGGCAAGGUAAUGUGCAUCAAGCGAGCUCCAAUUCAGCAUCUAGAUGAUAAAGCUAUCGCGAGUGCGGGAGAUGUUGAUCAGAUUAUGGAAGAAGUUGAUGCAGCGAAGGACACGGCUGAUGAAGAGGAGCAAGAGACUAAUGAACCCGCAACGCCCGAGAAGUUCGAUGGUAUGCGGGAGGACCCGGCUGAUUGUGAAACCAUCGACAUAAGCGAGCUCUUGAAAAGGCCCGAUCCAGCCACAGAAAUUCCAACGCCCGAUCUCCCGAGCUUCAGUUUGGAGGAGCUCGAGGAAGCUGACAUCUCUGCUGUGGACAACAGCAUGCUCAAGACCCACGCAAACAUCGCUGACCUCAGAAAGAUCGAUCAAUCGAUUGUUCAAAACUUACCUAGAUAUAGUGCUUUCGAUGGUACGGAACAGUCUCACGUUCCUGGUCAACUGAAUGAGAAUUCUAUCAUGCCGGUGUCAAGGAUGCUAUACCCCACUGACGAAGAAGAUGGCUGGUUUAAGAUCAUUUUGAAGGACAGCAAGGGCUCAGAAGUUGGUAGCUCUAAAAUCCCAGGCCCACCAGAAUACCAAAAGGGCCUUUUCGGAAACCAACCACAUCGCCGCUUUAACUUCUUGCGUCCUCCAAAACCACCUCUUGUCAGGAACAUCGAGUACAGAUCCCCAACUAUUUGGCUUCCACAAGACGAUAUGUACCUUAUUCAUUACGUCGCGGAGUACUGCUUCAACUGGGAUCUUAUUGCUGCUAACCUAGCGUCUCAUUCGGCGACUUUGAAGAGAUACGAGUCCAAUAUCGAGAGAAGAACCCCAUGGCAAUGUUUUGAGAGAUAUAUUCAGCUCAACGAAAAAUUCCAAUUCUCAGACAUGAAAGGAAUCAAUGCAUAUCCCGCACAGCAGUGGCUCGAGCACGCCCAUAAGGCUCAACUGACUACCAAGAGAAGAAUCUCUCCGCUUGGCGUGGGAAAUGAAUCGAUACAGAGAGGCCACAGAAAGUUGAGAUGGGCAUCGAUGUUUGAUGCCAUGAGAAAGACUAUGCGCAAGCGUGAACAAGCGCUCGCCAAAGCCAACCCACGUAGACCUGCCAGCAACUCGAACGACUACAGCGUACAGAACAGUGGUGUUGCAAAUGGAGGUCGCUCAAGUGAUGAUACACUCUCUCCAGCAGAGCUUCUGGAUCUCAAGUUCGACAGAGACAGAGCCACCCAGGAGACGCACAGAACCCAGGAGGCUACGAGGGCCCGUAUGCUCAACGCUGUCUCCCAGCUGCAAAAGGCUUCGCAAGGAUCAUCGCCUGCUGUCCAGCAACAAGGAUUGGCUCAGAAGGCCAACCCACAGCAACGUGACCAGGCUCACAAUGCCGCUGUGGCCGCAGCCGCUGGAGUUCCUCAGCGUCGUGUUUCUCAUGCUCCUUCCCAAUUACAUGGCAUGCAGAGGGGUCAGGGUAAUAUGGCUGGAAACGCUGCCACUUUGCUGAGACCACAGACUGUUGGACCUGGCUCGCAGCUUCAGCAGGGCCAGCAGGCCGCUCUCAUCAACAACAUGAAGAGACCAACAACGCCAAAUGGUACACCUUACACGAAGGAGCAGCUUCAGCAGCUCGUCCAGCUUCAAAAGCAGAGAAGAUUGAUGCAACAGCAGAACCAGGCUGGUGGCAGUGUCGCAGGAUCUGGACCCACCAACAUGGCCAACCUCCAGGGCACCUCUGCUCAAGGCAGAAGAGUCCAGGGUUUCCAUCCUACUCAACAAGGGACUGGUCAGAACUUUGCAGGCCAAGCCGGCGUGGGUGUUGCUAGUGGAGCUGGUACUUCUGCUUCAUCGCAGGCAGCGAUGGCUCAGGCCAAGAGAACAGGUACUCCUACCAAGAAAGGACUUCAGUUCCCAGCAGCUCAAGUCUCUGCCAUUAUUAAUUCUAUUCAGCAGAAGAACCCCAACUUGACAAAGGAGCAGGUCACCAAGCUAGCUGCGUCCUACCUCGCAAACAUCCAGCAACAACAACAGAACCGUUUGCAGCAGCUGCAGCAACAACAGCAGUCUCAGCAGGGCUCUAGUCGUUCGCCUACAACCAUGUCUUCCUCAGUACAACAAAACCUAGGUCUGGCCAGACAAGCGCAUCUUCAGCGUCAACGGAUGGCCGAAAAGGAGUUGGAUGCACAGAAACUUUCCAAGCUUCAGUACGAAGAGCGCAAGAAGCUUAUGAUGCAAAGCCAACCCUCUUCACCCUACGUGCAAGGAGGAAAAAGCCCAGCGAUGGGUACCUCACCCACACCAACCAACCCUAAAAGCAGGGCACAAGCGGCGGCGCAGAAAAACUACGGUAAGUAUCCUGGCGUGGGUGCUCGCAGCAACAGUAGCAAGACCAACGGUAGCGAGGAUCUGACAUUACAACCAUUUAUGGCCCUACGAUUGCGAUCUCAUCAUCGCAAUAAGGAGUCUUCGGUCGAGAACCCAGAUACGCUAUCUAUAGCGUCUGAGCGGCCCAGAAAGUCUGGGUUUGUUCGAGAAUCGGGGUUCUCAGAUGCAUCCAGACUACCGAAGCGGAUCCUCCAAUGGCUUUACUCCAUUUCAUUGAUCAUUUUCAUGAUCCUCACAUUUGGUUUUAUCCUUGUUACCCCCCUUGACAUCAUUGUCCAAACAUGGGGUGCUCCAUCCACAUGGGCUAAGACCUUCAUCGUCAUCAUGGCAUGCGCCUUCUUUCUAUUCUUCUGUCUCGUCAUUUACUUCCUGAGACUUUACCAAAGCAGAGUUAUGCUUAAUCAAAUUCCUUCAAAAUCGGUCUACAUCCCGCUAGAAAAGCACGACCUACCGUCAGACGUUCGUCAUUAUGUCGAGGGCACACUACGACGCUGCGUGGGAGACAUCAAAAUAAGGGCUGGACCUUUGUACAACAAAAACGAGAUCAUCAAUAUUCCGGGAGCGUCGCCGCCAGAAUACAUUCAAAAGAGAAACAUUUCAAUGGGCUUCCACAAUGAAGGUACUCAUCUCCCACCAGAUUGCAUCUACGAAGAGAUCUUGGACAGUUUGGGUAUGCAGAUCCGGGGCAGCGGUGUAGCGCUCACCAACUUUGACAUUCCAGAUUGCUAUUCAUUCCGGGAGAUUUUGCUCUCCAUGGUACAGAUAUUGAUCGAGGAGCACGAGAUCGACCGCUCGAGGCUUCCAGAGGUCCGUCGCAUGAUCCAAGUAUAUGAGAAGCUUAAGUUCGGGCCAGACCGGAUCAAGGAACUGGACAUGGUGGAAUUUCUUACCUUGUUUGAAAAACUCCAACUUUUGUUCCACUCCAACCGUUUAGAGCUGGAGGAUCUGCAGGCGCCCAUUAAGUACGGCAUCAGCCGAGGAUCGUCUUUUGGCACCGACACGUUCUUGCUGCCGUACUUCAGCAACGUCCGUCGCAGUCUGCACGGAGGGGCCCGCAGCACACGAUCUGGAACCCGAAGUGAGCUAUUUGCCGAUAUAGACCAGCAGAGCGAUUCAAGCGGUGAGAUCAGCGGGCUCCACACGUCGCUGAACGAGCUAAAUGCACAGCGGAUCUCGCGCAGCAGCACAGGCACGAGCGAUCCAGACAGACGACCAAGCACAGGGUCUGUGAUCAAAAACAAGCUUGUGUUUCGUGGGCGCAGCAGAGAGGGAGACUCGUCUACCGGUGGGCCACCCACAAAUUCCAGCUCCAGCGAUACGGCGUCGGUGAAGGUGACGCCCACGACCCCUGGCGUCUAG